CAUGAACUAAAAUUGGUAACAAAAAAUUUAGGGGACUAAAAAUAAAUGUUAUUAUCUAGAGGACAAAAAAUAUAAAAUAAUCGAACACACUGAUUGGAGCUUAUAGUCCAGGUCAACAAAACUACUAGUUUCUUUCAUUUCAAAAUCCUUUAGCUUAAUUUCUUAUUCUUGCUUAGUACUAUAAUAUUCAAAAUAUGUACUCUUGCUUGAAGUUGACUCUCAUUAGUUUGAAUCUGUAAACAGCUUAGCUGCUUCUUGGUAAUUGAACAUGCUUUACUAAGCUAACAGAGAAGAUAAUUUUUUUCAUUGAAAUAGAACUGCCAACUUUUAGAAUCAGAAGAACAAAAAAAAAUGUUUCAUUAUCCUAUAGUUUUCAAAUUCAUUCAAUUUUUCCUUGUUCUUUACACUCUUGAUUUUCUUUCAUAUCUUGCCUUAGCAGAUCCUCCAUAUGAAAUUUGUUCCACAAGAAACAUCUAUGCAAAUGGAAGUUCCUUUGAUAACAAUCUCAGUAACCUCCUUCUCUCUUUACCCUUUAAUGAUUCAAAUUCAAUCUCCAAAUUUGGCAACACUUCUUCAGGAAUUGGCCUAGAUAGAGUUUAUGGCCUCUACAUGUGUCUCGACUUUGUUUCGAAUGAAACUUGCCUCAAAUGCGUAACAAACGCAAUAGCGGACACUGUAAAACUCUGUCCUCAAUCAAAAGAAGCAGUUGUAUAUGAAGAGUUCUGUCAAGUACGUUAUUCCAAUAAAAAUUUCAUAGGCUCUUUGAAUGUCAAUGGAAACAUUGGAAAAGAUAAUGUACAGAAUAUUUCGGAGCCUGUAAAAUUUGAGACUUCUGUGAAUAAGUUGUUGAAUGGUCUUACCAAGAUAGCAUCUUUUAAUGUUUCUGCUAAUAUGUAUGCUACUGGAGAAGUACCCUUUGAAGAUAAAACAAUAUAUGCCUUAGUGCAGUGUACCAGAGAUCUAGCAGCUAAUGAUUGCAGUAGGUGUCUACUAAGUGCUAUUGGAGAUAUACCAGGUUGCUGUUAUGCCUCCAUUGGUGCGAGAGUUAUGAGUCGCAGCUGUUAUCUGAGAUAUGAAUUCUAUCCAUUUUAUCUUGGUGAAAAAGAACAAACAAAGUCUUCUACCAACCUAGGAGGGAAAAAUAAUUCAAGCAAAAUAUGGAUGAUUACAGUCAUUGCAGUUGGGGUAGGCUUGGUCAUAAUAAUUUUCAUUUGCUACUUGUGCUUUCUCAGAAAUCGGCAAAGUAAUAAAGGAAACGGAAAAAUAUCUAAGGAUUUCCCUUUUAUUGAUCUUGCAUCUCUUCGUGUGGCUACCAGAAACUUUACGGAUUCAAAUAAGCUCGGGGAAGGUGGCUUUGGGCCUGUUUACAAGGGUAUACUUAGUGAUGGCCAAGAAGUGGCAAUCAAAAGGCUCUCAAUUUGCUCUGAGCAGGGCUCGGAAGAGUUCAUUAACGAGGUUAUGCUGAUAUUGAAACUUCAACACAAAAAUCUUGUAAAACUUUUGGGAUUUUGUGUGGAUGGAGAAGAGAAGCUUCUUGUAUAUGAAUAUUUGCCCAAUGGUAGUCUUGAUGUUGUCCUUUUCGAACAACAUGCACAGUUGGAUUGGACGAAGCGGCUUGAUAUAAUAAAUGGAAUAGCAAGGGGAAUUCUUUAUCUUCAUGAAGAUUCUAGACUUCAAAUAAUACAUAGAGAUCUAAAAGCAAGUAAUGUGUUAUUGGACAAUGACAUGAACCCAAAGAUUUCAGACUUUGGAAUGGCCAGAAUAUUUGCAGGAAGUGAAGGUGAAGCUAACACUACUACAAUAGUUGGCACAUAUGGAUAUAUGGCUCCGGAGUAUGCAAUGGAGGGUCUAUAUUCCAUAAAAUCUGAUGUUUUUGGCUUUGGAGUACUAUUGCUUGAGAUCAUUACAGGGAUACGUAACGCGGGUUUCUGUUACUCCAAAACCACUCCUAGCCUUCUAGCAUAUGCAUGGCAUCUAUGGAAUGAUGGAAAGGGAUUGGAAUUAAGGGAUCCAUUAUUACUAUGCCCUGGAGACCAGUUUUUGAGAUACAUGAAUAUUGGACUGUUAUGUGUUCAAGAAGAUGCAUUUGAUAGGCCAACCAUGUCUUCUGUUGUUUUGAUGUUGAUGAAUGAAUCUGUAAUGCUUGGCCAACCAGGAAAACCUCCUUUCUCUGUUGGGAGACUCAAUUUUAUUGAUCAAAAUGAACUUGAUUUGGAAGAAGAAUACUCAGUCAAUUUCUUAACUGUUUCUGAUAUCUUACCCCUGUAAUGUAAAUGAAAUGAAAUUAAACCCUUCGUCUAGCUAUGUAGUCUCUUUUUUUUUUUUUGUCAAAUAUUCUAGAGGCUUAGACUCACGCACCUUAAGUGUGGAGAAUCUAGGAUUUGAAUCAAGACACCUACAUGUUAACGUCCUUGCAGCUACCAAUUGAGUUGUACGUACAACAAGACUAAUGUCAUUUUUAGUAUUGUAUUGUGUGACUAUUAAUCUAAAAGAACUUGGUUAGGGAAUUUUAAUGUGGCCGCACCAAGUAUAUAUUUUUCAUUUACAAA